GCCCGUGAAGAAGCUGGUGGCAGUUUGCCGGUGGAAAACAUGACGGAGUUGCCAACGUGUGCGGUAUGCUUGGAACGCAUGGACGAUGGCGUACUUACAAUUCUCUGUAAUCAUACUUUUCAUGCUCAAUGCUUGGAGCAGUGGACUGACACGACAUGCCCAGUUUGCCGGUACUGUCAAACGCCCGAGUUAGUGGCCGAUCAGAAAUGCUUCGAUUGCGGAAAAACGACGGAUCUUUGGAUAUGCAUAAUUUGUGGUAACGUCGGUUGCGGCAGAUAUGUUGAUGGUCAUGCAUAUAGACAUUUCGAAGCGACAUCGCAUACUUUCACUUUGGAAAUUGGUGGUGAACGUGUCUGGGAUUACAUUGGUGAUAAUUAUGUACACCGGCUGAUUCAGAGCUCAACUGAUGGCAAAGUGGUGGAAUACAAACGAAAUGGAGCGCCCAAGGCUGGUGUAAGUGAAACAGCAGAGCGAUGCUUAUAAUU